ACAAACACAAAUCAAAGAAAUUAAGGAUUUGAGAAUUCAAAGAUGAAAGGUUCAUUAGUGAUUUCCCUCGUUGCCCUCUUGGCUUUGGCUUCCUCCAUUGCUUCAGCCUAUGACCCCAGCCCUCUCCAAGAUUUUUGUGUGGCUCUCAAAGAUAACAAACUUGGAGUAUUCGUGAAUGGGGAAUUUUGCAAAGAUCCCAAACUUGUCAAAGCAGAAGACUUCUUCUACCACGUAAUGCCGGGGAAUACAUCCAACCCAUUAGGCUCCCAAGUGACUCCAGUGGCUGUGACAGAAAUUCCAGGACUCAACACUCUUGGUAUCUCCCUUGCUCGUGUUGACUUUGCGCCAUAUGGUCUGAAUCCUCCUCACAUUCACCCCCGAGGCACUGAGAUAUUGAUCGUCAUCGAAGGAACUCUCUUGGUUGGAUUUGUGGCUUCCAAUCAAAAUGAUAACCGCCUCUUCACCAAAGUCCUCAACAAAGGAGAUGUGUUUGUGUUCCCCAUUGGUCAGAUUCACUUUCAACUCAAUGUUGGGCAUGACAAUGCUGUAGCCAUUGCCGGUCUUAGCAGCCAAAAUCCAGGAGUGAUUACCAUUGCUAAUGCUCUGUUUAAAUCCAAUCCUCUCAUCUCUCCUGAUGUUCUCGCUAAGGCAUUCCAGGUUGACAAGAAAAUAAUUGACUCUCUUCAAAAGCAAUCUUGGUACGACAAUAACUAAACAGACCAUCCCCUACCGAUCCGUAAUUAUAUUCUACUUUAAAUAAAUAUGCAUGAUGCAUGCAGGUUGAUGUUGUAACCUCAAUUAUAUAAUGCAUGCAAAAGCAAUUAUAUUUGCUCAUGUAACUUCAAUUAUAUGUUGCUUAAAUAAAUAUAAUGAAUUCUGGUUUACAUUGUA